UUUGACCUUUCACUGCCAGCAGUUCUGACCUUUCAUUUGGCUUGCCCGCCAUUUUCGAAAGCGACAAGAAGAUCGUUUCUAUUCAUCUAAGACCGAUUUUAAAGCCGAUUCAGCAGCUGUACCCACAUACUGGGUAAUCAGGUAACUUUGACCUUUCACCAUCGGAAGUACUGACCCCUGAAACCGCCAUUUUCAACAGAGACAGUCAGAUCGCUUCUCUUCAUCUAAGACGAGUUUGAAGCCAAUUCAACACUUUAUUGAUCCAACAACUAUCCCCACAGACUAUCACCAUAUAAACUCGUCCUGACCGCUCUGCUUCUGUCAGUACCGACUCUGAAGCCGUGAGGACCUGUGUAGCCGUGAGUCACUGUGACGUACACUUGGGAGCAUCAGCAAAUCGCGGAUCUGGAGUUUGAUCAACAUGGCCACUGGAGCCGGAUCUCAUCUGAAACAACGUGAGGGAGAGGAUGGACAGGAUUCUCCCCGUACCCACAAGUGCAGCCAUUGCGACAAGGAGUUUCGCUUCAAAAGUCAGCUCAACCAACACCUGCGUACCCACACUGGAGAGCGCCCAUACCAGUGUGGUGAAUGUGGGAAACGGUUUAGUCGCCAAGAUCUUCUGAAGUGCCAUAUAAGAACGCACACCGGAGAGAAACCGUACCGAUGUGAGGAGUGCAGUAGGCAAUUCAGUAGUUUGACACAUCUAAAGCUACAUAUGCGAAGUCACACUGGUGAAAAACCGUACAAGUGUGAACACUGCAACAAAGGAUUCAGUCGGUCAACUCAUCUGAGGACUCACAUUCGGACUCACACAGGGGAAAACCCGUACAGAUGUGAGGUAUGCUGCAAGCAAUUCAAUCAGCUGGGUGCCCUGAAAGUGCACAUUAGAAGUCACACCAGUGAGAAACCGUACAAGUGUGAGAAUUGCAGCAAGCACUUUAGUAUUCUGUCUAGUCUAAAGAAACACAUGCGGACUCACACUGGUGAAAAGCCGUACAAGUGUGAGGAUUGCAGCAAGCAAUUCUCUACGCUUUCAGAUCUGAAGGUACAUGUACGGACUCACACGGGUGAAAAACCUUACAAGUGCGAGGCGUGCAGCAAGCAUUUUACCCACCUGUCAAAUCUUAAGAGCCAUAUGCGGACUCACACUGGUGAGAAACCGUACAGUUGUGAAGUGUGCAACAAGCAGUUCUCUACGCUUUCAGAUCUAAAAGUACAUGUGCGGACUCACACAGGAGAAAAACCUUACAAGUGUGAGGCGUGCAGCAAGCAUUUUACUCAGCCGUCACAUCUUAAGAGCCAUAUGCGGACUCACACUGAUGAGAAACCGUACAGUUGUGAAGUGUGCAACAAGCAGUUCUCCACGCUGUCAUAUCUAAAGAUACAUGUGCGGACUCACACAGGAGAAAAACCUUACAAGUGUGAGGCGUGCAGCAAGCAUUUUACUCAGCUGUCACAUCUUAAGGGCCAUAUGCGGACUCACACUGUUGAAGAAGUGUGAGGAGUGCAGCAUACACUCACAGUAUAUCUAGUUGUCGACUCUGGAGCGACAUUUAUGCAGAAUUAGUCUGGUAAUGACCGAAUCAUCCGCAUUUAAAAAAAAAUCAGAAGUAGCAGAAGUUUGUUGCUGAGUAAUGAGACAUACUUCUGAUAUGUGAAAGGUGGCAUAGACAAGGGACUGGUUGGGGAAAUGUCCAGUAUGUGUUACUGUUAUCUAGAGCUGCUCUCAGGAUUCACAGUAUGUUGAUUUUUUUCUUGUACAUCUUGUACUCUCAGGAUGAACAUCAUUUCUUGCACAUUGCAUUAGUGGACUAGUGUGUUCAUAAUAAGUAUAAUACUUAGAUGACCACUGACAUCGACAUGUAGUUUACUAUAAGGAUUAUGUUUUUUUCACUUUAAUGUAACAGAUGAUCUCCGUUCACAAAGCCCAGCCGAGAGAGAGAGAGAGAGAAUGUAACACCUCACUCACCUGUUGUCACUCCGCUACAAAAUUGUUAAAUAUGAUAAGGCUGUACAUGUAUUUUGUGACUAGGUACACUUUUUAUUGAAUUUUUCAGUAUAGGGAAUUUAUAAUUGAAUGUGAUACAGAAAGUCGUAACCUUUAAAAAUAUAGGACUCCCUUUGAUCGCUUCAGAAGUUUUGCAUAUUCUGUUAGUAGUAAUCACCACAUUUAUUAGCGAAUAAAAUGAGAUGUAGCAAACAUGCUAGAUACAAAAUGCAUUAACAUGUCCCAACGUUUUGUGUAUCUUUGUCGUGUACUAUAUUUUUACAUGGUCAUAAUAUACAUGAUCAUUCCGCACCUCACUUUCAUCAAUAAACAAUUGCACGUAA